AGGUUCCUCUGCUGGAUUUGCGCGCUUCACCUCCGCCUGCUGCAGCGGGAAAAAAAAAAAAACGGGCCACAAGAAGAAGUGUCCAUCUGCUGAGCCGUGACAAGAUUAAAGUUAUAAAACAAUGGAUGACUGACAAACAGCCUGAGAAGUUUUGACUUUAUUUUUGUUAGCCCGGGAGAACAGCGUCCACUUCUUCUAAAACUUUUUUUUUUACAGCCAUCAUUUUCUUCUUCGUUCGUGACAAAAGGAGACAGCGGUGUAUUUGGAUCUUUCCCCCUGACAUCUUCAAUCUUUGCAAAGGAUUUUAAACUUAUUUUUUUUGUUAUAGAUUUUUUUUUUUAACCCCCUCGGUGAUAGAAAAGAGUUUCUCCUUCAUAGACUUGUGUUGGGGAUGUUGAGCUCUGUGAAGAUGGAAGCCCAUGAUCUACCAGAGUGGAAUACUUUCUACAGCGAGGCAAGCGAGAUGUAUUCCUCUCCCAACGCCAUGAACUCUGGUCUCGGCUCGAUGGGCUCCAUGGGAACCAUCAACAGCUACAUCAACUUGAACCCGCCCAUCGCCUCCCCCGCCGGCAUGAACAUGGGGUACCCGAGCUCAACGCUCAGCAACUCCCCGCUGGCCUCGAUGGGCUCGGGGCCCGGUCACAUGUCCCUCUCCCCGGGGGCCUCGUCCCUCAGCUCGGGCGCUCUGACCCAGCUGGGCCCCUCGGCUCCGGGCUCCCUGAGCUCCCUGUCCCACUACCAGAACAUGGGCCAGUCCAUGAGCCAGCUGGGAUACCCCUCCACAACCAGCCUGAGCCGCGCCGGGCCAAAGGAGAUCCCCCCGAAGCCGUACCGCCGCUCCCUGACCCACGCCAAGCCGCCCUACUCCUACAUCUCCCUCAUCACCAUGGCGAUCCAGCAGAGCGGCAGCAAGAUGCUCACCCUCAACGAGAUCUACCAGUGGAUCAUGGACCUGUUCCCCUACUACCGCGAGAACCAGCAGCGCUGGCAGAACUCCAUCCGCCACUCUCUGUCCUUCAACGACUGCUUCGUGAAAGUCGCUCGCUCGCCCGACAAGCCGGGCAAAGGCUCGUACUGGACCCUGCACCCGCAGUCGGGGAACAUGUUCGAGAACGGCUGCUACCUGCGGCGCCAGAAACGCUUCAAGAUCGAGGAAAAGCUGGCCAAGAAGGCGGGGAAGAACCAGGAGGGGGGCUCUGGAAAGGGAGGUCACGGUGGGGAUCACCUGAUGGAGGACCACAGCCCCACAGGAGGAUCAGAGGGCGCUGACUCCGCCCACUCAGACAACUCCCACCCCGGCUCCUCGGACGACCAGCCGCACCAGCGGAACUCCCUGGUGCCUCUGGACUGCCCCGCGCUGUCCUCCUCACACCUCCACAGCCCGCCCGUUUCCCUGCCUCCCCCUUCCUCCUCCUCCUCUUCCUCCAUGCCUCCUUCCGGCCUCUCCCUGUCAGCCUCCUCCUCCUCCAUCCUUCAUCCACAGUCUUUAGUGGGGGGUCCCCACCUCCUGCCCAGCGCCAUGCAGCAGCACAUUGACCUGCAGAGCGACGCCCUCAAGUCCCUGGACCCCCACUACAACUUCAACCACCCGUUCUCCAUCACCAACCUCAUGUCCAAUGAGCAGAAGAUGGACCUCAAGUCCUACCAGGACCAGGUGAUGGCCUACAACAGCUACACCGGGGGCUCUCCUGUGGGGGCCAAGCAGAUCUAUGACAGCCAGGGGCCCACCUCCAUGGACUCAGGCGCUUACUACCAAACUCUGUACAGCCGCUCGGUGCUCAACGCCUCCUAAUGUGGACCCACACACACACACACACACACACACACACACACACACACACACAUCUGUCUGUGGAGCCAAGAUGGAGACUUCUCUUCUCCUCUAAAAUGGACACCAGAGCUCUCUCUCUCUCUCUCUCUCUCUCUCUCUCUGUCUUCCUCUUUCUCUCUCUCUCUCCGGCUCUCGUCCAGCGGCCUCUGAAGAGACUCACAUCUAAAAUGGCCGUCGUGUUUGAGAGGCAAGAGAACAGUUUGUUUUUUCUACUUCACGGCCUCUGACAAACGUGGAAGGAAGCUGGUCGGUUACACGGAGGACAGAAAAGAGAAGCUGGAUGAUGAAGAUGUCGCUGGAGCGCCGCACGUGCUGAAGUGUCAGCUUUUGUACAAAAUGUAAAUAGAGGUAAUGUAGGGGGGGAAAAAGGAUAUUUGCAUUUAUUUAUGAAGGGAAUAAAUCUUAAUAUAUCUUGUAUAGCUCUGUUGACCAGUUACAACCCCGAUGUGAGUUUUAUUUUUUAGAAUGAGAUAAGUUUCAGGUUACUGCUUCAGGCAGGUGUUACUGUUCGUGUGUUACAGCAUUUCACACCAUGUUCCGUCAUUUCCGUCAAUCAGGAGUCCGUCAGUGUAUAUAUAGCUCAUGGAGUCUACUUUUUAAAAAGAAGUUGUUUUUUUUUAUUUUGGUUGAUAUGAAGAAAAAAGAAAGCCGUUUUGUCCUUACUGGAGCUCAGACGAAAUAGAAGUUUUGCAGCCAGAAGGAAAGAGGCAAAGAAACUGUGGUAAAAAAAAAAAAAAAGAAGAUACUAACAUGUCAUGUUUCUGUUUUUCAUUUCCCACAAACAUUUCCUGUUGUUACCUUAUAAUCCAGAGGCAUGAAGUGCUCCUGUCAGACUGUAACAUGAUGUAAAGCAGAGCGGGGGAGUUCAGUCAGUUACUAAAAACAGUGGAGGGGAGGAGAGAUGCACUAUGGGAGAUUUACAUACAGUACUUUGCACUAUGGAGCUCCCACUGGCCAGGUGGGCUGAUAGUGUGUGUGUUACAACAAUACUUAGGACCCCCCCCCCCCCCCCUCACACUGUCAAUGCAUCAGCUCAAUGGGAUCAGUGGAACGAUGUCAGAGGGUUAAAUAUCCGCCCGCCGUCCCAAAAAAAAAAAAAAAAAAAAGUGCCUUUUCUUCAAAGACUGCUGAUCUGAUAAGAUAUCAAUGUAUCGACAAUCUAUUGAAGGAUUAUUCCGUCACACAGCGGAGGACGCAGAAGUUUCAGGUCACAAAACGUCCUCUGUGGAGAAAGAAAGAAAAAUGUCUUUUAUUUAAGCUAUGUUGCUUUUCAAACUUUGAAAGUGUGCUGAUAUAAUAUAUUGUUGUUGUUGUUUUCGUUGGUUUUAAAUGUGAUUCAAAUGAUCCAUGUUUCAUUUUUUCUUAUUAAAAAGGCAAAAAAUGUGGGAA